CAGAUAGGCUUGCUUGAUCUGAUGAGUCUCUAUCUCUGCUGUAACAUUUUGAUGGUAGGAUCAGAAUUUGGCAUCAGCAUCAUGAAAGCAUGGAUCCAUCCUGCCUUGUAUCAACAGUUCAGGCUGCUGGUGGAAUAUGAGUGAAAUGGUCUCUGCAUACUUUGGGCUCCUUAGUACCAAUUGAGCAUAGUUACAACAUCACAGCCUACCUGAGUAUUGUUGUUGGCCAUGUCCAUCCCUUUAUGAGCAUAGUGCAUCUAUCUUCAUAGCAACUCUUACCAGGAUAAUGAGCCAUGUCAUAAAUCUGGAAUCUUCUCAGACUAGUUUCUUGAAAAUGACAAUGAGUUCACUGGACCUCCACAGUCACCAUACCUCAAACCAAUAGAUCACCUUUGGGAUGUGGAGGAACGACUGACUGGCAUCAUGGACGUACAGCUAACAAUCUGCAGCAACCGUGUGAUGCUACCAUGUCAAUAUGGACCAAACUGUUUCCAGGACCUUGUUGAAUCUAUGCCAUAAAGGAUUAUGGCAGCUCUGAAGGUAAAAGGGGUCCCUGAGUUUGUCCAUUCUCAUAAUGUUCAGAGGUUUUGUGUUUAUUCACCUGGAUCAUCUUCUCUUAUUCCUGCAGUUACAAACCUGGCAGUUUGUCCUUUUUGUAAAGAUGUUCCAGAGUAUUUCCCUCUACUGUCACCCUUUGUUUACUCCUUACAAGCAACAAUCAUCAUUAUUAAAAACUCUGUCCACUGUUAAUUUUUCCUUUUUUUGUAGUGCUGUGAGACAAUAUCAGUCAUGAAUCAGGGCCUCAUGAAUUGAAUCAGAAUGCUGCCAACAUCUACCUUAAGGUUUCAAAAUAAAUUCACAAUAGACCAUUUACUUUAUCUACAAGAACUCUGUUUAUAGGAAUACAACAAUAAACUUUCAUUAAAAGUUUGUAAAGUUUACAUUAACUGUCUAAAAGCACAAUCACAAUUCAAAAGCACAAUCACUCCCAAAAGUUGAACGUAGAUUAAGCAAUUGAAAAAAAAAAAAAGAAAAAGACUUGUCAACAUGUCCCUCCUCUUGCUCCACCUUGUAGCUCCAUAGGGACUAAAUAUCACUAUAUCACUGCACUCAACCUCAAAAAAUUAAAAGUUCUUACCUUGCAUGUAGGGAAGUUUUUUUAAGCUGAAAAAUGUCUUCACAGAAAUGGCCAGAACAGGGAUGUGCAUUUCUACAAUUGCUACUGCUAAUGUCUUUCUCUCAGUCUACAGAAACAGUGUGCACCCAAAGAGGGGACCCGGAAAAUCCUCAACUAUCUAAAGAGGGGGACAUUUUGCUGGGGGGUAUUUUUUCAUUUCACAGCAGCUGGAUAAACAGAGAGAAUUCUUACAAGCAAAAUCCUCCGCCACUGGAAUGUACCAGGUAAAUUGUGUCAAAGAAAUCUAUUAUCUCUGCGGUUUUGAAAUUGCCAUAUAAUUUGUAUUGCAUUUUAUUUUUACAUGCCUGAAUAAAGUCUGAAUUUCAGAGAGUUCCAAUUUGCUCAAACCAUGCUUUUUGCCAUUGAGGAGAUCAACAACAGUACAGAGCUGCUGCCGGGCAUCACUCUGGGAUAUAAGGUUUAUGACACUUGUGGUUCUAUAGCCAGAAGUGUUAAAGUUGCUCUAAACUUGGCCAGUGGGAGUGACACAGAGUCUGUGAUGUCUGACACAGAGUCUGUGAUUUCCAAAGAUGCCUGCAGUAAACCGGCACAAGUGCAGGCCAUAAUGGGAGAAACCUCAUCUUCUCCAAGCUCUGCGAUUGCUACAGUCAUCGGACCAUUUUCGAUCCCACUGAUCAGCCACUUUUCCACAUGUGCUUGUCUCAGUGAUAAAACAAAGUACCCGUCCUUUCUCAGAACAAUACCCAGUGAUUACUUCCAGAGCAGAGCCCUGGCCCAACUGGUCAAGCACUUUGGCUGGACAUGGGUUGGAGCCAUAAGAACCAAUGAUGAUUAUGGCAACAACGGCAUGGCUACAUUCACAGAAACUGCUCAACAGUUGGGCAUAUGUCUGGAAUAUUCUGUGCCUUUCUUUCGAACAGAUCCCCCGGAUAAGAUACAGAAAAUCAUUGAUCUGAUUAAGGCGUCCACCUCAAAGGUGAUUGUUGCUUUCCUCUCUCACAUGGACAUGGAUGUGCUUAUUAAGGAGUUAUCAAACCACAAUAUAUCAGGGUAUCAGUGGGUUGGAAGCGAGUCCUGGAUCUUUGAUUCUCAGAUUGCUGCGGUGGAUCAGACUCACAUCCUGGACGGAGCCAUAGGUCUUUCUAUUCCCAAAGCUCAUGUCAGCGGCCUCCAAGAGUUUAUGCUUGAUGUUACGCCCCUCAAUUCAUCCAACAAUGACUUGUUCAAAGAGUUCUGGGGGGCAAUGUUUAGCUGUGAGUUCAAACGGUUAAGCUCAGCAACAGAAAUUCAAGGAGAAUGUACUGGACGAGAGGAUGUGGCAGGAGUGAAAAACAGCUUCACGGACAUGUCACUCAUGCCCAUUUUUAACAACAUCUACAAAGGAGUGUAUGCUGUAUCCCACGCUCUACAUAUGAUACUAAGGUGUAACAAAACAUGCAACACUGAUGUGCAGCUGCAGCCAUUAGAGAUUCUAAAGUACAUAAAAAAGAUCAGAUUCAAAACUAAAGAAGGAGAUGAGGUCUAUUUCAAUGAACAUGGAGAUCCGGCUGCGAAAUAUGAGAUUAUAAAUUGGCAGCCGAGAAAAACUGGUAUUGUGGACUUUGUCAAAGUGGGCCUUUAUGAUGCGUCACUACCUGCAGACAAACAGUUGAAUCUACAAGACGAGUCUUUGAUUUGGGGGAAGAACUCAUUACAGGUUCCAGUGUCGGUUUGCAGUGACAAGUGCCCCCCAGGAACCCGUAAGGUCCUCCAAAAAGGAAAACCUGUUUGCUGCUAUGAUUGCAUUCGAUGUCCAGAAGGAGAAAUAAGCAACAGCACAGAUUCUAUCACGUGUGUAAAAUGCCCUGAGGAAUCCUGGCCAAACGAAGGAAGAGAUGCCUGCUUAGAAAAGGACUCAGUGUUCUUGUCCUAUGAAGAAAUAAUGGGAGCCCUGCUCACUGCCGCCUCUUUAUUUGGAACGUGCUUGACGGCCAUUGUAGCGUUCAUUUUCUUCAGGCACAGAAAAACUCCUCUGGUGAGGGCAAACAACUCUGAGCUGAGCUUCCUGCUGCUCUUCUCUCUCAUUCUGUGUUUCCUUUGCUCUCUGACCUUCAUCGGCCGGCCUUCUGAGUGGACCUGCAAGCUGCGGCACACGGCUUUUGCCAUCACGUUUGUCCUCUGCAUCUCUUGUGUUCUUGGGAAAACAAUAGUGGUCCUGAUGGCUUUUAAAGCCAGACUUCCAGGUGGAAACAUGAUGAAAUGGUUUGGGCCAAUACAGCAGAGACUCAGCGUUCUGGGGCUCACUCUCAUUCAAGUUAUCAUCUGUGUCCUCUGGUUAACCAUUUCCCCUCCUUUUCCUUUUAAGAAUUUUCAAGAACUUAGAGAUAAAAUCAUCUUGGAGUGCGCUCUGGGCUCAGAUUUGGGUUUCUGGGCCGGGCUCGGGUAUAUCGGUCUUCUGGCCAUCUUGUGUUUCAUUUCUGCGUUUUUGGCUCGGAAACUCCCCGAUAACUUCAACGAAGCCAAAUUCAUCACAUUCAGCAUGCUGAUAUUCUGUGCAGUUUGGCUCACAUUCAUCCCAGCGUACGUCAGCUCUCCAGGGAAGUUCAGCGUUGCUGUGGAAAUCUUUGCCAUCCUUGCUUCCAGUUUUGGGCUGCUCAUUUGUAUUUUCUUUCCUAAAUGUUACGUCAUCCUACUCAAACCGGAGAAAAACACGAAGAAAUAUAUGAUGGGUAAAGGAUCAUCAAAAUAAAAAAUAAAACUGAUGCAAAUUUUGUUUUUAACUUUUUUUUUAC